ACACUAGACCGCGCAUGUGCGGAUAGGGACACAACAUGGUUCGUUUUAUUCGCUCUGGUCGACGACUUCUGCAGGUUUUAGGGCCUCAACGUGUGCGCUCAUCUCUGAUGGGAGGCGGAGGGCCGGGCUGUGUGCCUAUUCAAGCUCCUCUGAGUGUCCGCAUGCGUGCUCUGAGACGAUUCGAUAAUCGAUUUGGACUUCGGUUGUGGACUAGUCUCGAAGGACUGACCGUUGCCGCACUGGAUAGCGACGUGCCAACCAACCUGACAGAAAUGCUGACCAAUUUGAUUGGUCUACGAACAUUUAAAUAUUGGGACUUAGGAAUGGAAAUUGUCAGAGAUACGGAAUGAUUUAAACGUACGAACUGUUAGUUGUUUGACGCGAGUAGAGUGUAAUUUGUGCCUGCCGUUUUAAUUUGGUAUGACGUCUGAUUUGUGAGUGAUGAAUGCCGUUCGCCCAUUGGUUGGAUGAUAUAUUUUGAAACAGGCUUUGUAUACG